GCGGCGGGGGCUGCGGCCGCGGGACCCACACCCGGGCCGGGCGACGAAGCCACUUCCGGCCCCCGAGCCCCCGGGGCGGGGACAGCGGCCCGGGCCGCGUCGGCCUCGCGGGUUGGGCGACGGGCGUCCGGGGUGUGGCCGUCGCGCAGCCCUCCUCCCGGGCCGCCCCGGGCCCCGCCGCUCGCCCCACGUCUCGCUCCCGGCCCGCCGCGCAGCCAGCUUCCCGGCCAUGGCCCAGCAGGAGCGCACGUUCAUCGCCAUCAAGCCGGACGGCGUGCAGCGCGGCCUCGUGGGCGACAUCGUCAAGCGCUUCGAGCAGAAGGGGUUCCGCCUCGUGGCCAUGAAGUUCCUGCGGGCCUCUGAGGACCUCCUGAAGCAGCACUACAUUGACCUGAAGGACCGCCCCUUCUACCCGGGGCUGGUGAAGUACAUGCACUCCGGACCUGUUGUGGCCAUGGUCUGGGAGGGACUGAAUGUGGUGAAGACAGGAAGAAUGAUGCUCGGGGAGACCAACCCAGCAGAUUCUAAGCCAGGCACCAUUCGUGGGGACUUCUGCAUUCAAGUUGGCAGGAACAUCAUUCAUGGUAGUGAUUCAGUAAAAAGUGCAGAGAAAGAAAUCAGCCUAUGGUUUAAGCCUGAAGAGUUGGUUGACUACAAGUCCUGUGCUUUUGACUGGAUUUAUGAAUAAAAGAUGGACACAGCAUUAGUUCCCUUUGGCACCACUUUAUAUGUCCCUGGACAUAGCUCUUCAUUCCAGUGACUUGGAAGUAAUAGAAUCAAUCUUUCUUUUCUAAAACGUACUUAACCAAUAAAGCCUUUGGAAACUGG